CUCUCUCUCUCUCUCUCUCUCUCUCUCUAAAACAGUCACAUUGGUCAUCUGUCUUCUUCUCCCAUUGAUCAAGAUCUCUCUCUCUCUCUCUCUAGAAAUGGGCCUGUGCUGCUCAUGCGAAGCCCCCAUGAUAUCGACGGCAAAACUCAUCUUACUAGACGGCAAGCUCCAAGAGUUUGCAGGACCAGUGAAGGUCUCACACGUGCUCCAACACAACCCCUCGUGCUUCAUCUGCAACUCCGAUAACAUGGGCUUCGACGACUUCAUCUCGGCCGUCAGUUCCGACGACGAGCUCCAGCCAGGCCAACUCUACUUUGCUCUUCCUCUCUCUAAACUGCAAAAGCCCCUCAAAGCCUCAGAAAUGGCUGCCUUGGCUGUGAAAGCAAGCUGUGCUCUCAAAAAAACAGCAAGAGAUAGGCAGAUUAGGAUUAAUCCAGUGUGUUUUCCGGUCGAAAAUGGACGGAAUUUGUGUUUUCAGGCCAAUUUUUUGGUUGAAAAUGGACCCAAAAUUUCGUCUUGUGUUGGAGGUUUAGAGAGAGAAAGAAGGAGAAGGCCCAAUGCUUGUUACAGGCCUUCAUUCAAGGACAGGCUUGGUGCCAUUGAGGAAGGGUGCACUCUUCAUUGAGACUUUUUUCAUUUUAUUUAUUUUCCGUUUUUGGGGGAAAAAAACUGAUUGGAAUUGCGAAGGAGACAUGGGAAGACGAGAAUUUGUGAAUAUAAUUUUUUUUUCGUUGCC